AUGGGCGCCUGGGCAGCUGAUGCUGACUCAGACAUCUUUCAUUAUGAAAGUGUCCUCUUUAGCAACUGGCUGCGCCCUCUGGGGCCCACGGGGACCCCGUCUGUCCCCAGAGGCUGCAAGGUGUUGGGCCAGAUGUACCUACCCGAGUGUGAAUUCAUCACCAAGUUACAAGAGGACGAGAACACCUGUCUCCACGCAGCAGGGGAGACACCUAACGCCACCCUGGGCUGCCCGCAGAUCUGGGACGGGCUGCUGUGCUGGCCCGCAGUGCGCUCCGGCGAGUGGGUCACCCUCCCCUGCCCAGAGUUCUUCUCUCACUUCAGCUCAGUACCAGGGGUUGUACAGCGGGACUGCACAGUCACGGGUUGGUCUGAGCCCUUCCCGCCUUACCUCGUGGCUUGUCCAGUGCCCCUGGAGCUGCUGAUGGAGGAGAACACUUACUUCUCCACCAUGAAGACUGUCUACACCGUUGGCCACAGCCUCUCCAGUGUGGCCCUGGCCGUGGCCAUGGCCAUCCUACUCUCUUUCAGGAGGCUGCACUGCCCCCGGAACUACAUCCACACGCAGCUGUUCGUCACCUUCAUCCUCAAGGCGGGAGCUGUGUUCCUGAAGGACGCCAUGCUGUUCCCUGGCGACGGGAUUGAUCACUGCAGCUUCUCCACGGUUCUGUGCAAGGUGGCCGUGGCCACCUCCCAUUUCGCCACUUUGACCAACUUCAGCUGGCUGUUGGUGGAAGCUGUCUACUUGAGUUUCCUCCUCGCCUCCCCCUCCCCUGGCUCCAGGAAGGCUUUCUGGUGGCUGGUUCUGGCUGGCUGGGGGCUGCCCCUGCUGUGCAUUGGCACGUGGGUGGGCUGCAAGCUGGCCUUCGAGGAUGCAGCGUGCUGGGACUUGGACGACAGCUCCCCCUACUGGUGGAUCAUCAAAGGGCCCAUCGUCCUCUCUGUUGGGGUGAACUUCGGGCUAUUUCUCAACAUCAUCCGCAUCCUGCUGAGGAAACUGGAGCUGGCUCAGGGCAGCCUCCACACCCAGGCUCAGUAUUGGCGUCUCUCCAAGUCCACACUCCUUCUCAUCCCACUGUUUGGAAUUCAUUACAUCAUCUUCAACUUCCUGCCUGACCACACAGGCCUGGGCGUCCGUCUGCCCCUGGAGCUGGGCCUGGGCUCCUUCCAGGGCUUCAUCGUUGCCAUCCUUUAUUGCUUCCUCAACCAAGAGGUGAGGACUGAGAUCUCCCGGAAAUGGCACGGCCAUGACCCUGAGCUUCUGCCAGCCCGGAGGACACGUGCUAGGUGGUCAGUGCCUUCCCCGCAGGGGCAAAGGUGUUGA